UCAGCGUGUGGGGCGGGGCAGGGACUACGCGCCAGGAACAGGGCGGGUUCCAAGCCGCUGGUUUCCCUGAGAUGCCACGGUGGGGGCUUGGGGACUGCACGGCGACGCUAUAGCGCCACCGGCCGCCGCCACCGCUUGCCCGCCCCUCAGACAGUUGCUCAAAGCAAAUCAGAGAGCGAAAGAAACAGGCGAGGGAGUUAGAAGGAGUCCUCAAAUCAGAGAGCGAAAGAAACAGGCGAGGGAGUUAGAAGGAGUCCUCAAAUCAGAGAGCGAAAGAAACAGGCGAGGGAGUUAGAAGUUCUCUAGGUGUUUCUUGCCGGCCGGUACCUGCGCUUCGUUGUCAAUACCAUGGACAGCGCCUGCAAACCAACUCAAAGGCGCUUGGAUGCCGCUGGCUUCUGGCAGGUCUGGCAGCGCUUUGACGCGGAUGAAAAAGGUUACAUAGAAGAGAAGGAGCUUGAUGCUUUCUUUCAUCACGUGUUGACGAAAUUGGGUACUGAUGAUGCAGUCAUGGAAGAAAAUGUGUGGAAGAUGAAGCAACAAUUUAUGGCUGCCCAUGAUGUCUCUAAAGAUGGUCGCAUACAGAUGAAAGAGCUUGCCUGCCUGUUCUUGUCUGAGGAUGAAAACUUCCUUCUGCUCUUUCGCCAGGAAACCCCUUUGGACAGCAGUGUGGAGUUUAUGCAGAUCUGGCGCAAAUAUGAUGCUGACAGCAGUGGCUUUAUAUCAGCUGCUGAACUUUGUAACUUUCUCCGAGACCUUUUCCUCCACCACAAAAAGGCCAUUUCGGAGGCUAAGCUGGAAGAAUAUACUGGCACCAUGAUGAAGAUCUUUGACAAAAAUAAAGAUGGCCGGUUGGAUCUUAAUGAUUUGGCCAGAAUUCUGGCUCUUCAGGAAAAUUUCCUUCUCCAAUUUAAAAUGGAUGCUUGUUCCACUGAAGAAAGAAAGAGGGACUUUGAGAAAAUCUUUGCUCACUAUGAUGUUAGUAAAACUGGAGCUCUAGAAGGCCCAGAAGUGGAUGGGUUUGUCAAAGACAUGAUGGAGCUUGUCCAGCCCAGCAUCAGUGGGGUGGACCUUGAUAAGUUCCGGGAGAUUCUCUUGCGUCACUGCGAUGUGAACAAGGAUGGAAAAAUUCAGAAGUCUGAGCUGGCUUUGUGCCUUGGCCUGAAAAUCAACCCGUAAUGAAAAUCAACCCAUAACCCCCAGAAUCCUUUGCCUUUUGCUCUUAGUUGUUUCUGAGCCCCUUCUGGUAAAAGUUUUUCUGUGCUUUGCUCUUGGGGACACAGUGGGUCAACUUUCUAACAAAUGAUGUGGUUUUCUUGGGCAAGAGGAGGGACCCGAGGGCCUUUUUUUCAUGGCAUGGUGUUUUCCUGCUUUUAAUGGAAGCCCCCCACGCAAGGUCUGUGUUAUUUGCCCCUUGACCCUGGACUUUCCUGUCCCCUCCAAAGACUCAUCUGACCCCGAAGAUCUCGACUUGUCCUCCCCCAGUCACUGGGAAGGCGGGGGCAGCCAAAUCCAUCCAUCUGUGCUUCUCUUGUGGGCUUUCUGCUGAAUGCCAUGUGACACUGUGGUAGUCCCAUGACUUCUACAAAUAGAUUGUGAAGUGGAAAUAAACCUGCCGCUGGAAACAAA